AUGCCAGUAAACGGGAAAGUGAUUUGUACAGGUAAAGCGCUUCAAGCCAAGUACAACUACCUGGUGCGACCGGUGCGGGUUCCACAGAAUCCUCUGAACGUCUCGAUGAAGGUGUUUCUGCAGCAGAUCAUCGACGUCAACGAGAAGGAUCAGCUGAUCGAGCUGAAUGCAUGGUUGCAAUUUAAAUGGAAAGACUACAGACUCCGAUGGAGCCCCAGCCGUUUCGACAACAUCACUUCGGUGCGCUUCGCGACCAGCGAAGAUGGCGGGCCACUCUGGAGACCGGAUGUAUUGCUUUAUAAUAGCGCGGCCGAUCAGUUUGACUCGAUGUUUAUGAGCAACAUGGUGGUGAGCAACACCGGGGAGGUACAAUGGGUACCGCCUGGGAUCUUCAAGGCCACUUGCAAGAUCGACAUCACAUGGUUCCCGUUCGAUUCACAAACGUGCUUCAUGAAAUUCGGCUCCUGGUCCCACCACGGGAAUUCCAUAGAUUUGCUGAUCGAUACGACGGAUUCAGGUGAAUCAAUCGACACGUCGACGUACGUCAGCAACGGCGAAUGGCUGCUUGUGGAUACACCCGCAAUCCGGGAGACGAUGUACUACGCAUGUUGCGACGAACCGUACCCAACCAUCAAGUUCUAUCUGUACAUUAAGAGGAGAACGCUGUUCUAUGCCUUCAACCUGAUCAUCCCUCGCUGCUCAUCGCCA